AACCCCAAAAUCUCCAAUCCAACGGCCCACUCUCAACGACGCCAUCUCUUAUAGCGGUUACCAAAGUUGCAAGCCCAAGUCUUGCAGAAGAGAGAGAGAGAGACGGCGAUGGAGGAAAGAGAGCAACAGGUUUACUUAGCCAGGCUUGCUGAGCAAGCUGAGAGAUAUGAUGAGAUGGUUGAAGCAAUGAAGAAAGUUGCUAAAUUGGAUGUGGAACUGACAGUGGAGGAGAGGAAUCUGGUAUCUGUUGGAUAUAAAAAUGUUAUUGGGGCAAGAAGGGCAUCAUGGAGGAUAUUGUCUUCCAUUGAACAGAAGGAGGAGACCAGGGGAAAUGAGCAAAAUGCAAAAAGGAUAAAGGAUUACAGACAAAGGGUUGAAGAUGAGCUGGCAAAGAUCUGCAAUGACAUAUUGUCUGUCAUUGAUAAUCAUCUCAUCCCAUCAUCCUCAACAGGGGAAUCAACUGUUUUCUACUAUAAGAUGAAAGGAGAUUACUACCGAUAUUUAGCUGAAUUCAAAGCAGGGAAUGACCGUAAAGAAGCUGCUGAUCAAUCACUUAAGGCCUAUGAGGCUGCCACCAGUACAGCUGCCUCAGAUCUGCCGCCUACUCAUCCAAUCAGACUUGGGCUGGCUUUGAACUUUUCUGUCUUCUACUAUGAAAUUUUGAACUCCCCAGAGAGGGCUUGCCACCUUGCAAAACAAGCUUUUGAUGAGGCUAUUGCAGAACUUGAUAGCCUGAAUGAAGAAUCAUACAAGGAUAGUACCCUUAUUAUGCAGCUUCUUCGGGAUAAUCUCACAUUAUGGACCUCAGAUCUGCCAGAGGAGGGAGGUGAGACAUCUAAAGCUGAUGAACCUCAAGCAGAGAGUUAGGUGUGGGACAAAAGAGGUGAUUCUUUGAGAGGGUGAGCUCGUAGAAGGAUGGAGGAAUGGAGCUUGGGAGACUUUUCAUCUUAUCAGUAGUAGUACAGGAAUUGGCAACUAUUGGUUUGUAUUUAUCGAGCAGGAUGCAUAUGGACUCUCAUUAUGCCUUCUUUUUCUUCUUCUUAUUCUGCUGGUUUUAACAUACCUGAAUCUGUUGCAUUUGGUUAUCGUGCUGUAUUUUUCUAUUCAGUAUUAAGUUGCCUUAUUGCGAACUCAAAUAAUGUGUUGUCAAUUUGUUUCUUUUUUAUUUAA